UCCAGCCCGAGCGGCCGGGGGCCAUGGACGCGCUGGCCUGGCUGCUGCCCCCGCUCCUCCUGCUCUGCGCGCAGCGGCCCCGCGGCACCAGGGCGAUGAACGACAUCGGGGACUACGUCGGCUCCAACCUGGAGAUAUCCUGGCUCCCCAACCUGGAUGGCCUGAUCGAGGGCUAUGCCCGAAACUUCCGGCCGGGCAUCGGAGGCCCCCCUGUGAACGUGGCGCUCGCCAUCGAGGUGGCCAGCAUCGACCACAUUUCCGAGGCGAACAUGGAGUACACCAUGACGGUGUUCCUGCACCAGAGCUGGCGGGACAGCAGGCUGUCCUACAACCACACCAACGAGACCCUGGGCCUGGACAGCCGCUUCGUGGACAAGCUCUGGCUGCCAGACACCUUCAUCGUGAACGCCAAGUCCGCCUGGUUCCACGACGUGACCGUGGAGAACAAGCUCAUCCGGCUGCAGCCCGACGGAGUGAUCCUGUACAGCAUCCGGAUCACCUCCACUGUGGCCUGCGACAUGGACCUGGCCAAGUACCCGCUGGACGAGCAGGAGUGUGCGCUGCACCUGGAGAGCUACGGCUACUCGUCCGAGGACAUCGUCUACUACUGGUCAGAAAACCAGGAGCAGAUCCAUGGGCUGGACAAGCUGCAGCUGGCCCAGUUCACCAUCACCCGCUACCGCUUCGCCACGGAGCUGACGAACUCCAAGUCGGCCGGCCAGUUCCCGCGGCUCAGCCUGUACUUCCACCUGCGGAGGAACCGGGGGGUCUACAUCAUCCAGUCCUACAUGCCCUCCGUCCUGCUGGUCGCCAUGUCCUGGGUCUCCUUCUGGAUCAGCCAGGCCGCCGUCCCCGCCAGGGUGUCUCUAGGCAUCACCACGGUGCUCACCAUGACCACCCUGAUGGUCAGCGCCCGCUCCUCCCUGCCGCGGGCGUCGGCCAUCAAGGCCCUGGACGUGUACUUCUGGAUCUGCUACGUCUUCGUGUUUGCCGCACUGGUGGAGUACGCCUUUGCCCACUUCAACGCCGACUACCGGAAGAAGCAAAAGGCCAAGGUCAAGGUCAUGGAGCAGAAGGCAGAGAUGGACGUGAGGAACGCCAUUGUGCUGUUCUCGCUCUCGGCGGCCGGGGUCUCCCAGGAGCUGGCGGCGUCCCACCGGCCAAGCCGCCUGCCCGGGAACCUCCUGGGCUCCUACCGGUCGGUGGAGGUGGAGACGGGGGAGGCCCGGAAGCAGGGGGCCGCCCGCGCGGGGGGCCUCCGCGCGCUCUUCAAGCCCAUCGACGCGGACACCAUCGACAUGUACGCCCGCGCCGUGUUCCCCGCCGCCUUUGCGGCUGUCAACGUCAUCUACUGGGCGGCCUACACCAUGUGAGGCCGGCCUCGGCGGGCCGACGCCUCCAGGGAGAGUGGACACUGGGCUGGACCGGCCGCUCCGUGAGGUUUCCAGCGGGGCAAGAGCGGGAGGAAAGCCUCGGCCUCCUCAGGGGCGGCGCUGUCCCCACCUCGACGGACACCCCCGGGCCCUCCCACCGCCUCUCCUGAGACAUCCAGCCAGUUCCCCCUCCCCCGCAGCAGAGCUGGCUGACCCCGCGGCCGAGCCCGGUGCGCGCAGGGCCCUUGGGGGCCUGUGCACGUCGGGGACUCGCAGAGUGAGCCUGGCUCCAGGGCCUGCUCUGUGGGACUGAGCCUGGCAGGAGGGACAAGGCCAGGCGUGGACGGUGCUCGUCACGUUGGUGACAAGGUGGAGACAAAGGUGCAUGGGCCUUUGGUCCCAGCAUGAAAUAAAGCAAAGCCUUUGGCU